UGCUAAUUCAUUUAUACUAUAUAUAUAAUAUAAUUUUAUUGUGUGUGAUACAGAAUUAUACAUACGCCCUAAACUAAAUAAGCUCUGUUGUCAUAUAUUAGCCAUGUCAUAUCAAGUUUUAGCCUCAUCACAAAAUGACAAAGUAUCAAAAAUUGUUCGUCCAACAACAACUUAUCAACCUUCUAUUUGGGGGGAGAGAUUUCUCCAAUAUAGUAUUUCAGACCAAGACUUUAGCUAUAAAAAGCAGCGAGUUGACGAAUUAAAGGAAGUGGUAAGGAGAGAGGUAUUUUUAGAAUGUUAUGAUAAUGUUUCAUAUGUGUUGAAGAUAGUGGAUGAUGUUCAACGUUUGGGAUUGUCGUAUCAUUUUGAAAAUGAAAUAGAAAAAGCGCUACAACACAUUUACGAUAACACUAUUCAUCAAAACCACAAAGAUGAAGAUUUACAUGACACUUCUACCCGCUUUAGACUAUUGCGCCAACAUGGAUUUAUGGUUUCAUCUAAUAUAUUUAAAAUAUUUAAAGAUGAGCAAGGGAAUUUUAAGGAGUGCUUGAUAACUGACAUUCUUGGUUUGCUGAGCUUAUAUGAGGCCUCACAUUUAAGCUAUAUUGGCGAGAAUAUAUUAAAUGAAGCACUUGCUUUCACCACCACUCACCUUCAUCAGUUUGUGAAAAAUGAAAAAACACAUCCAUUAUCAAAUGAAGUAUUACUAGCCUUGCAGAGACCUAUAAGAAAGAGCCUAGAGAGGCUCCACGCCAGGCAUUACAUUUCAUCUUACGAAAACAAGAUUUCUCAUAACAAAACAUUGCUAGAACUUGCAAAGUUGGAUUUCAAUCUAUUACAAUGUUUGCAUAGAAAAGAGCUUAGUCAAAUUUCCAGGUGGUGGAAAGAAAUAGACUUUGUACACAAACUACCUUUUGCAAGAGAUAGGAUUGUGGAGCUAUACCUUUGGCUAUUAGGAGUUUUUCAUGAACCUGAAUUGUCACUGGCAAGAAUUAUUUCAACAAAAGUUAUUGCAUUGGCCUCAGUUGCAGAUGAUAUUUAUGAUGCAUAUGGUACAUUUGAAGAGCUUGAGCUCCUUACUGAAUCAAUUAAUAGGUGGGACUUAAAUUGUGCGGAUCAACUUCGUCCAGAAUGUUUACAGACAUUUUAUAAGGUUCUUUUAAAUUGUUAUGAAGAAUUUGAGAGUGAGCUUGGAAAGGAGGAAAGUUACAAAGUUUACUACGCAAGAGAAGCGAUGAAAAGAUUACUUGGAGCAUAUUUCAGUGAAGCUCGAUGGUUGCACGAAGGAUAUUUCCCUAGCUUCGAUGAGCAUUUGAAGGUUUCUUUGAUUUCUUGUGGAUACACCAUGAUGAUAGUGACCUCUUUAAUUGGCAUGAAAGAUUGUGUAACAAAGCAAGAUUUUGAGUGGCUCUCAAAAGACCCCAAGAUAAUGAGAGAUUGCAAUAUCCUUUGUAGGUUCAUGGAUGACAUAGUCUCUCAUAAGUUUGAGCAACAAAGAGAUCAUUCACCGUCUACCGUUGAGAGUUACAUGAGGCAAUAUGGGGUGUCAGAACAAGAGGCAUGUGAUGAGCUAAGAAAGCAAGUGAUUAAUUCAUGGAAAGAAAUAAACAAAGCAUUCCUCAGGCCUUCUAAUGUGCCUUAUCCAGUUUUAUCUCUUGUUCUCAAUUUUUCGAGAGUAAUGGAUCUUCUCUACAAAGAUGGUGAUGGCUAUACGCAUAUUGGAAAAGAGACAAAAAAUAGUGUUGUUGCGUUACUUAUAGAUCAAAUCCCGUGAUAAAUUUCCUAAUAUUUAUAAAAUUAUACUCUUAUAGCUAAAUUUACAAAUAGUUAUGUUAUAAGUUACAUUAAUAAAGCUCUCAUAUCAAGUUCUUUUA